UGUGUUUGAGUCUCAGAGUAUUUUGAUGUCGGUCCACACAACCAGUGUGUUCACAUCGUUUUACAGUUUUUAUUCAUUUGAAUAUUAAAUACUAGAUUUAUAUAGUAAAAAUGGAUAUCGUUAAGCGUGUUUUGGAAGAAGAACAACGAGAAGCCGAAAAAUAUAAAUCCAUUGAAGUGAACAAACAUUUGGAAGCUAAAGUUGAUUUGGGAUAUCUUCUAUGCUCCGAUCUCAAUGAUCUAGAUGAAAAACAACUCAAAAAAGACAAAGAACAGUAUUUGGCUGAAUUGACACGUGAAAAUGUUCAAUUGAUAGUCAACGAAUUGUGGGAACAGCCAACUGAACGUGUUGAAGAGUGUAUUGUUGCAAAAUUACCAGCACCAUCAUUUGUAUUGCCAAGAUCGAAAAAGUGUCCGGUGCAAAGACCACUCACAAAAUGGGAACAGUUUGCAUUAGAAAAAGGCAUUAAGAAAACGAAGAAAGAUAAGAAAGUGUUCGAUCAAGACCUUGAUAAAUGGGUUCCAACAUAUGGAUUCAAACGAUCACAAGCUGAACGGGAAAGAGAUUGGGUACUUGAAGUGCCACAAAAUGCUGAUCCUAUGGAAGAUCAAUUUGCAAAAAAAGCCAAUAUUAAAGCGGAAAAAGUAGCAAAAAAUGAAAUUCAACGCAUGAGAAAUAUUGUGAAAGCAAAAAAAGGUGCCAUACCGCGAUCUGGAUAUUUAGGACCAGAUACAGCAACAGCCUCAGAUCUUCAAGUUGCAUCAACAAUAGCUAAAGCUUCUACAGCAUCAAUGGGUAAAUUCCAAGGCAAAUUACCAAAAGAAAAGACAGCUCGUGGAAUUGGAGUGAAAGAAUUGAUACCAGGUGCCAAACGCAAGGCAUCACACAUUACAAACGGUGAUGAAAAAAUUGCUAAUUUGGAAUUAAUCAAGAGUGUUUUGAGCAAAAAAUCAAAAAUUGACGACGACAAAGCGUUUUCGGUGCAAAAACGAGAAGAACGACAAGAACGAGAGGCAAACGGCGAUACGGUAACAAAGAAAAGUAAAAAAAGCAAAGGAAAAGGCAAAUUCCAAAAGUCGGGCGGAAAGAAGCCCAAAGCAGGUGCAGGUGAACGGGAUCCAAAGAAGCGAUUUGGUGGACGAAAGAGACGUUAGACGCAGGUCACGCAUUUCGAUAUUUCUGGCUUUCAUCUACAUACUCUAAGCAAAUUCUUGUUUAAUUUUUUAAACUAAUAAAACAGAAUAAAAAAUAACCAUAAAACGAGUGAAAUGGUUACGAAACUUGA